AUGGUCGGGCUGAAGCGAGGCCUUGCGCGAAGCAUUUGGGCGCGAGGUUUCAGUAAGUCUCCAGUUCCCCGCGAGGAUGAGGCUCUGUUGAAGAACCUGGACCUUCAUGCAGAGGCAGGAAACAUUGAGCUGGCCCAUAAAGCCUUCCAGAAGCUGCUAGGCAACGCCAGCGCGAGAGGCGGGCUGCAUCGAAUGGUGUGGAACACCCUGCUGAAGGCCCAUGCCAACGCCGGAGAUCCUUCUGGUGCGGCCAACGUGUACGAAGAGAUGGGAAGGAACCACGUUCAUCCUAAUCGCCAGACCUUUGGAAAGUUGAUGGAAUCUGCAGCAAAGAGUGGCAAUGUUUUGCAGGCGGAAGCCUGGUUCUCCGAAUUGGUGAACGCCCUCUACGUAGGGCCUCGGGUAGUGACGCAGUAUGCGAUUCUGCUGGAUGCUUGUGCCAAGGUGGGGGACAUCCAGCGGGGGGAACUCUGGUUGCAGAAGAUGUGCAGCGCACAUCAUUCGCCUGGCGUGUCCUGCUAUACUGCAUUGAUCAACUGUUGCGCUGUUGCUGGAAGUCCACUUCAAGCAGAGCACUGGUUUGACCGCAUGGUGGCCGCUGGAGUCUCUCCCAACGUGAUAAGCUUCAACACCGUGAUGGAUGCCUUCUCCAAAGCUGGAGACACUGAGAGCGCUGAGCGGUGGCAGACGCGCAUGCGGCGCCAGGGCUUGCAGCCAACGGAGUUGACCUACUCCACGUUGAUCUCCUCUGCGGCCAGAAACAGCAACAAGGGUGAAGCAGCUGCUCGCUUGUGA